GGGGGAAGCAUCUCACACGCCGAUGACCCCAAGGGGUCGGCGGAUUCAAAUCAGGGGGAGCAGACAAGCAGCGAGAGGCACACCGCAGACCCACCAUAGCCGUCUGCUGUCCAGGUGGACGCGGAGCGGAAGGCGAACGAACAGGAGGAAGCGCCCGCCUUCCAACUUCGGAAAAGCGGCCGGAAAAAGUCACCGAAGGUUUCGGGGUGACUUUUUCUUGGGCGGGGGCCCAACGUGGAGGCGCGGCAGGGAGACCUGCUGGUCGUGAACGAAGUCCACGGGUUCGCCCUAGUCAGAACCCAUCAGCUACAGCGCUGGGAUCAGCGCGUGCGGGAAUGGCGAGCAGUGGCAGCGGGCUGUGGCGCUACUGCGUGAAAUGCGGGAGGCGAAGCUGGAGCCCAGCGUCAUCUUCAGCUACAGCGCUGGGCUGAGCGCGUGCGAGAAGGGCGAGCAGUGGCACCAGGCUCUGGCGCUAUUCGGCGAGAUGCAGGAGGCGACCUUGGAGCCCGACGUCAUCAGUUACAGCGCUGUGCUCAGCGCGUUCGAGAAGGGCGCGCAAUGGCAGCGGGCUCUGGCGCUGCUCGGCAUGAUGUGGGAGGUGAGACUGAAGCACGACGUCAUCAGCUACAGUGCUUGCAUCAGCGCAUGCGAGAAGGGCGCGCAGUGGCAGCGGGCUCUGGCGCUGCUCGGAAUGAUGUGGGAGGCGAGGUUGAUUCCCAAUGUCAUCAGCUAUAAUGCUGGCAUCAGCGCUUGCGAGAAGGGUGAGCAGUGGAAGCGGGCGUUGGCACUGUUCGGCAUGAUGUGGGAGGUAAAACUGGAGCCGGGCGUCAUCAGCUACAACGCUGGGAUCAGCGCGUGCGAAAAGGGCGAGCAGUGGCAGUGUGCUUUGGCGCUGCUCAGCGACAUGCAGGAGAGACAGUUAAAGCCAGACGCCAUCAGCUACAGCUCUGGCAUCAGCGCGUGCGAAAAGGGCGAGCAGUGGCAGCGGGCAUUGGCGCUGCUCGGACAGAUUUGGGAGGCGAAGCUGGCGCCCAACGCCAUCAGCUACAGCGCCGGAAUCAGCGCGUGCGAGAAGGGCGGUCAGUGGCAGCGGGCUCUGGCGCUGCUCAGCGAGAUGCGGGAUGUGACUCUGGAGCCCGAUGUCGUCAGCUACAACGCUGUUGCCAGCGCGUGCGCGAAGGGCGAGCAGUGGCAGGUGGCUCUGGCGCUGCUCAUCCAGAUGCGGAAGGCGAAGUUGGAGCCCGACAUCAUCAGCUACAGCGCUUGCAUCAGCGGGUGCGAGAAGAGCGGGCAGUGGCAGCGGGCUCUGGCGUUGCUGACCGAGAUGCGGGAGGCGAAGGUAAAUCCCAGUGUUAUCAGUCACAGCGCUGGGAUGAGCGCGUGCGAAAAAGGCAAGCAGUGGCAGCAGGCGUUGGUGCUGUUCGGGCAGAUGCGGAAGGCGAAGUUGGAGCCCGAUUCAGCUACAACGCCGGGAUCAGCGCGUGCGAGAAGGGCGAACAGUGGCAGCAGGCUGCGUCGCUGCUGAGCGAGAUGAGGGAGGCGGAGUUGGAGCCCGACGCCAUCCCUUCUACAACGCAGGCCCCCAACGUGUUCAAAUCAGGUUCAAAGUUAGACCCAAGAGGGCCCUGUGGGCGACCCAAGCGGAGACCAGAUGUUCGGCCACACGCGCGCGCGCAGAGGCCAUUGAGACGUUCGCGUCCUGGCAUCCUUCUGUGCCUCCCUUUCUCGCUCCUUGCUUCUCGCUCCACGCUCCUCGCCGCCCUCUCCUCGCUCA